AUGCCGUUCUGGGCGUUGCAGACGAGUUUUCAGGCUGUUGGAAAGGAGCAAAUGGAGUGGAAAGGGAGCCUUGGAUGGACGUUUGAGUCAGAAUCAAAAUCUUGGACAGACAAGUAUUGGCGACAUCACUCCAUUUGGAUCUUACUCGGUCUUGACUCGGGCCUUUGUUUUUCUUCAUUCCCGGUAUUUCAUUUCACGUCCCUCCGUCCCCUGCGCAGUGAUCGAUAUUCCAUGCCCUUGACCCAUUAUUAUUCAAGUCUUGCUCUAUCUCAUUGCUCUGCGACGCAUGAGAGGCGUUAUCAGGCCUACCAACGCGUGGUCGUACACCAACACCGUUCAUUUCAGAUCCGUUCAUCUGCGUCCGCACAACGAUGCAUGUGUUUCUGCCUUCUCCUAUCUCCAUCAUCUGGCCUCGAUGAUCUCACGUCCUGGAUUGAUCUGUGUCAACCACCGCCAAUUGGAGACCCCCAUUUCCCAAAUAUUACUUGUGGACCAGCAAUCACCGACCUUUUUUUUUUUUACCUGGUUUCAAUCCCUCUUCCCAUUGGACCUUUUACGCUUUUCCUCGUAAUCGAUCACUCCUACUACCAGAGUGAUGAUGACACCAGCGAUAAGACCCUGGCAUGCGCGACCUUGAUCGACAUCGCCUUCAAGGUCGUUCCGCUAGUUCAUCAAGGUCUCCUUUUUCCGUUGAUGCACCCUUUCGACUCUCAGGAGCACGAAGACCGGCGCCUUCAACCUGUCUUCUAUCUCUCCGGCUUCGUGUUGUCGCGGACCUCUACAAUUGUGCCUCAUAUACCCGCUCUGCUGUACGCACAAUAUCCUCAAUAUUCGAUCAUCAAGACAUUCUACGUCGCGUUGGAUCUCGACGAUAAUAAAUUUCCUGUUGCUGGGAAGGGCCGUAAGGGACUACUCGGCUCUAUAGGCAUCCUCUCUUCCAUUGCCGUCGCUUUUCGAGAUAAAUAG